UAUUUCGGCCCACAAAAAUUAGAUAUUUUCGUAACAUAGCAUAGUAUCCCAACACGUGGCGCCGUUUGCCCAAUUUUAAUAAUCCAACCGCUGAUGUUAUAUGAGACAUUUCGAUUGUCUCUUACGGCAUUUUGAUUCAAUUAUAGGUCUACUUAACCAAUCAGAAACUGACACGUACUUGUUCCUUGGCAUCUUUAAGGCAGAUAUUCAGACAAUAAACGCUACGUGUCAAUCGCUGUGGUCUCCACUGUAGGCGCCGUUUUAUAAUAUAAUCUCAUUUACUCUUCUUCUUCUUCUUCCAGUUCAGAGACGAGCUUUUACCAAACACUUUCUUGAUUCUUGUAAUUGAAAAAACCCAUCAAUGAGUGCAAACCAGAGGUUGAGACCGAACUCGCUGAGUCAGGGUUCGGAUUCAUCGUGUGACUCGGGGAUACUCAACGAGCGAAUACUCGUGUUGGUUUUCGAAUCGAUUAAGUGGGAUAUUCAAACGAUCUGUUCAGCUGCGUCUGUGAAUCGGAAACUCAGAGCAUUGGCGGAGCGAUAUCUAUGGCGGGAGCUGUGUGUGUAUCGCGCUCCGCGCAUGGUAGCGACAUUGACGAACGGUGCGCCGGCUACGCGCAUGGGCGGGGGUUGGAAUACACUCGCGAAGCUCAUGUUCUUUUGCUGUGGGUGCGAGUCGUCUCGGCAAUUCCGAGUGAGCAAAUCGUCUCCGGGUCACUUCGUGAAGGCUUCCCGGUUCUCGAAAACGUCGGGGCGCAGUUUCUUGGUGAAGGAUUGCCGGAGCGAUUUACUGUUCGUGAGCGACCCUUGUGAGCAUCCGAUGGGGGAGAAGGAGGACGAUUUGGGGAUCUACAGAGGGGUAUUUCAGGGAUUCUUGAGAUCGAAGACGAGGGCGUGCUUGCUCAGGCGACAAGUGGCGCUCGAGGAGAGGGUUCGCUGUCCUUACUGUGGGUCCCGCGUGUGGAGCAUGAAGACAGCUCGGCUCAUCCCCAAGAGCGCCUCUCGCCGGCUUGGCUCGCACGAUGAUGGGUUAGAGUAUUUCGUCUGCAUUAACGGUCACCUCCAUGGAGCUUGCUGGCUGGUACCGUUAUCUGACGACGACGAAGAGGAUGAUAACGACAACGAAUUAGACAAAAACGACGACGAUGGCGAUUGUGGAGUUCAAGGACAAGAUGAGGCGACGCAGGGAUCACUUAAUCAUUGCGAUGAUGAUGAUCGGACGGUGGGAUAUGGGAAAGUGGUUUCCACGCGAGGCCGAGAGGAAGGUCUUCGGGAUGAGUGGGCUUCACAAAUUGAUAUUGGUUGUCUUCCCCGAGCUUCUGUCCUCCCGUUGACUCGUUGACCACGGUGUUUGGAAACAUAACGAUUUUUGUGCUGAUGUCAGAAAUUUUGAACGAUUUCUUUACGUGAGCUAGUAUAUAGUUUUUGCUCUUUUUAGUUUUGAUCUCUGUAUCUGUACAAAUAUAUUUUUCAGUUUCAGUGUCAAACUGUGUCGUUUCAGUUCGUUAAUGAUUACUAUAGUAUGAUAUCAAAUUACAUGUUUUGGUUUUUUAUU